CCUGCACACAGCCGGUAUGUUUGGAUAAUCCCGCGACCUGAAGGAGCCUAGAAACGUCUUCAGUUUUGACUUUUCCUUCUGUGAUUCUUGAACGCUGGUUAAAUGUCCGGGUUUCGGGAUAUUUCAGUUUUUCCUGUGGAGGUCCAGCAGCUCUCAGUGAAUAAAGCAGAGGUUUGCCCUGAGCAGCAGGAGAAGAGCUCCAGAUUUAACCUGGAGAUUCCCAGGUCUUUGCACGUCAAAGAGGAACCCGAGGAACUGUGGAGCAAUCAGGAGGGACAGCAGUUUCAAGGGCAAGAAGAUGAUGUAAAAAACAGUUUUUUUCCUGUCCAUGUGAAGGGAGAAGAUGAUGAAGAGAAACCUCAGUCCUCGCAUCUUCAGCAAAGACAGACUGAACAAGUGGGAACAGGAACUGAUGGAGAGGACUGUAGACCAGAGACAGGGGUAGCCAAGUACUUUGAUCCAGAGAGAGAUUUACAUCCAGAGACUGAGGUCAAGACUGAUGAAUCUUCUGAUGCUGAGACUGAUGACAGCACUGAUUGGAGGGAGGCAACAGAACAAAAGUCAGGUUUAAAAUCAGUUGGAAAAAGCACAAAAGAGAGAGCAAAGAUGGAAAAGAAAGCACUUGCCUGCUCUUACUGUGGUAAAAAAUUCAAAUACAAAUGUCACCUUACAAAUCAUAUGAGAAUUCACACAGGAGAGAAACCCUUCAGCUGCUCCAAGUGUGGUAAAGGAUUCAACCAUAAAUCAUAUGUGGCUUUACACAUGAGAAAUUGCCAAGGAGUUAAAACAGUAAAACGAGAGAAACUCUUCAGCUGCCCCAAAUGUGAUCAGAGAUUUAACCGACAAGAUCUUCUUAUAAUUCACAUGAGAAUUCACACGGGUGAGAAACCAUUUGCCUGCCCUGAAUGUGGUAAAAGAUUUAUCAGUCAAAGAUAUAUGACUAAGCACAUGGCAGUUCAUAAAAAAGAAAGCCUCUUCAGCUGCUCUGAGUGUGGUGAUACAUUUACCCAAAAAUCAAGUGUGACUUUACACAUGAAAAUUCACAGAGGAGAGCCUUUCAUCACGUCUUAGUGUGGUAAAUUAUAUUGUCUUAAAGGAACCUGACAACACGUAUUAUCUUAUUAUCCCACUAUCGUUCAUUCCUUAAGGUCCUAGUGAUCUAAUUGUUCCUAUUUUUUGUCAUUUUCAUUUCAAAUUAUUCACCAUUUACUGGUGUUAUUAAAGUAACUAGGGAUCAGUGUUAAUUUUGGCAGCUAUUUUUAAUUUUAGUCUUAGUUUCAGUCUUCAAAUGAAAUGCAUUUUG